AUGGUUUUCCUACGUCUGAGGGUCAAGGUGUACCCCCGCGAGCAGGUUGCGCCUACUUCAUCUUUCUCGCUCCGCUCCAUCCUCGGUGAUCGCGACCGCGAUGACGCCAGUCGCAAUACAAAUGGCUCGACUGUCGGAAAGCCGGCCACGUUCCUGCUCGUGCUUGAGAAGCCGGAGGAGAUCACACUCGGUGGGCUGGCGGGUAUGAUCCAAGACAAGUGGAAGAAGCUGAGACCUAAGGCGGACCCAUUGGACAUCAAGAAGCUCCUCGAUGACAGCCAUGAAUCCGACGACCUCGAUGCCGACAUGACCGUUGCUGAGGUGUUCGUGGACAACGGUAGAGCACGCCAGGAUGGCUCUGAUCAGCGAGCUACUGUCCGCGUCAUACAAAAGCCUGGUCAAUACGCCCCCGUACGGUUUCCCUCCGUCACCCAAGACUGGGACGCGGCCGCAGAGAGUUUUGAGCGCCAGAUCCAGAUCAAAAAGGAGGCAGUCAAGGCGGCCAUGAAUCAGAUCCCAACCAUUGCUGAGGAGGAGAAUAUUGAUUUUUCGAACUCGGAAUCGGCGAGUAGACCAUCGUCUGCGUGGGGAUCUUAUGGGAACCGCCGAUCAGAAAUACCCGUUUCGUCGGUUGAAAAGGAUGAGGUUCCAGGAUCGCCCGCGCCCUGGGAUAAGAAGUCACAAGUGCAUGGGGAGGAUUCCCAGGACCAGACGGGCAGCACCAUUGCGGCUACACCUCUUCAGAAGCGCACGGUGAGUCAGGAGCUGGGAGAUUCCCCUUCCCAUACCCCGACGCCCAAAGAGCCAGCCGCGUCCUCGAGGCAUGGCUCAUCGCAAGGUCCCGCAAGACGGCCGAUUGUGGAAGAUGCCACGGAAGUUAAAGCUGCCGCACCGCGCGAAGUGGGCAGCGCCGAUGGAUCGCUCUCUCCCUUGAGUAUUCGUCAGCCACUCAAGCGUCGGCCUGUGCAUGAACCGCAGGCGCCAAUCCCGAUAGUUGAAAGCGAGAGCGAGAAUGAAGAGACAGGUAACGAGAAUGACGAGAAUGUAGAACCCCAGCCAGCUACAAAGGACCAACCCCAGAAUGGCGAUGUCGUAAUGCGCGAUGCAGGCGUGACAGCUACGCAGGAAGUGCAACAAUCGAACGGUAGCUCGCGCAAGAGAAAGUUGAGCCCGGACAUUUUCGAACCGAGCAAGGAGCCCCGUCUUUCCGAGCCCAAAAGUACUCAGGAUGACAGUAAGUCCGCUGAGAAGAGCAUUGUGACACCUGAGGUGAGUCCAUCAACUCCACGCAAGCGCGCCAGGGCCCCAUCCUUUGGAUUUGGUAGCCGCCUGAGCUUUUCAGCACGUGUACCGUCAGAACCCCCGAAGUCUGUCCUAGGGCUGGGAAUUACGAAGAGUCCGCCUAACAAACGGCAUAUGCAUUUGACCCAGGACUCGGCCAUCCCCGCGCAACCCAACUUUCUACCCCCCAAUGGCACCCCGGAGAUCCCUAGCAGCAGCGCCCCUACGCUGCGGCGUGGGUCAGUAUCGCUGCCCCAGUUCUCCACGCCCUCGAAACUCCAAACCCCGAUCGACAAGGUCAAAGUCUUGCACUCAGCCUUGCGCAGGAAUUCUCCGGCUGAAAGACCAUCUGAACGCCGGUCUGUGUCAUUCGCCGAGGAAGACGAGGUUCUCUGCACCGGUUCUCAGCCCGCGCCCAAGUCGAAUCCUCAGAGCGCCUCAAAGGUCCGGGCCAAGGCGACGGAUGCCAACAGGAGAACGUCGGACUCCAGCUCUAUGAUCUUCCCCGCUUCGGUGCCCAAAGAGCGGCUGGACCAGCUCAUGGAAGAAGCCAACCAAAAGUUUGAGCAGGAUAAACGAUUUGAAGAGGACUUGAAGGCUAAGAUUGGGACCGCACGCCAGCAGAAGGCCGAUCCUGAGUAUAUCCGCAAACUGACGGAUAUGUCGACCGCAUGGACUGCUUACAAGAAGGCUGAAAAGGAGGGUCGCCGAGGGAAGCUGGAGACUCAGCGUAUCAAGUUUGAGUCGCAGCGGAAGGAGGUCGAGAAGUUUGAGGCCUCGCUGAAAACUAAGGCAGCCCUUGUUUCGCCUAAACCCACAACUAACGGUCAGGGGUCGCAGAAAUCAACGCCACGCUCCCACCAUGAUGAGGUCUCCAUCGUCGUUCCGACCCCCCAGGCCGCGAAAGCUGCAAAUGGUCCAAAGUCAACACCAGCUUCAACGGGGAAGACCGCCCCGGUUCAAGCGCGGAGCAGGCUGGCCAGCAAGACGGCAGCGUCCCCGAAGACUGUCGCAAGCGAGCCUCCUCAGAGUUCCAUUGCCUCGGACGGUCUGGAUCUGCCGCCUAUGGGAAGAACUGUAUACCGCGCCGGCUCUGCCAAACCGAAUGGGACACCUGUCCGACCCACUCCGGUCAGAUCGCCGCAGCAGGCUCCCAAACCGUCCCCUCAGGCCCCGGUAGAGGUAUCGUCCGAUUCAGAAUCCAGUUCUGAAUCGGAAUCGGAAUCGGAAUCCGAAUCCGAGUCUGACUCGGGAUCUGAGGACGAGCCUGUCAGCAAAACCUCCCCUCGCAAGACGGCGUCUUCACUUAUCAAACCCAACUCUACCACGCCCUCUGAAUUUCCCGCCUCGCAACCUGCUCCGUCGCAGGCGUGGGCACGUCCCCCCAGCGCGACCCGGACCACACGCACCACGCUGAAGUCGCUGAUCCAAAACCAGAAGAAGGAGCUAGAAGCUAAGACGCAGCCACGACGGGCCGCGAACAACCAGCCCCGAAAGCGCAACAUGUUCUCACCGCCGUCAGACAGCGAUGAGAGCGAAAGUGAGAGUGAAAGUGAAAGUGACAGUGAGAGCAGUGACAGCGAUAGCGAUUAA